GUUUUGAUUGGGCGGACCUUACACAAGAUGUCAGAAACUCGCUCUGUUCUGCUUUAAUCAUCUUUUUAGAACAUUGUUGCUUCGUUUGGAAUAGUUUCUUUAUUAUCAACAUGUCCUCGCUGGAUUUCACGCUGAAUAUUUUCCUUUUCGUGGUGUAAAGAAGUGAUUUUGGACGUGAUUUGACACCUGUUGCUUCGACGUACAGGUGCUGGCUACUACAGCAACUCGGAAGGACCAAACACCGAAACUCCGCGGAUAUUUAUUUUUUUAACGCAUUGUUUGGGGGUUUUGAGACCAUGAAAGUGACGGUAAACUUCGGAAAUACUGCUGUGGUCGUCCCUUGUAAAGCUGGCUGGACUGUCAAAGAUUUAGCGGAACAAGCAACGCGAAGAUAUCGAAGAAUUUUGGAACAACAGCAGCAGGGAGAUGACAUGAUUCAGACCCACCAUCUUGAAUACAGUGAUGGAGGUAUUUUGGACAUGGAUGACCCUUUGGCAGAUUUGGUGGAGGACAGAGAGAAGUUGGUGGCAGUGUUUGAGAUAGAACGUGAGCGUUUGGAAAGUCCCCCGGAGUCCUUGUCUAACGGAUACUCCAGCUCCAGUCCGAUCCAAGAACCAGAGGCAGAACCAGGACUAGUAACGGUCCUCUAUCCCCAUGUGGAGUACCAGGACCCAGCACAAGGGGUGAUCGAAGUCAACGAGGCCGCACUCAAAGGAAACACUCCAUUGUUGGUGAGAAGCUGCAGUGACUCUGUCUUGGCUCCACCCGCCAUCAUGAGAGCCACAACCCCUCCAGAUGAUUACAGUGCGGGGACCCCUGAACCAGAGAUCAACAAUGUGCUGAAGGGAGCGUUGGAGAGACUACGCGUGGAAGAGCAACAGUUCAGAAUGAGUCCGGUAAACCAAAAACCUCUGACGAAGACUGUGGAGUUCCCAGGAAACCGUGGACCUUUGGGGAUUCAUGUGGUCCCAUACUGCUCCUCUCUUAGCGGACGGACUCUGGGUCUGCACAUCAGAGGAAUUGAGGCAACGAGCCGCUCAAAGAAAGAAAAUCUGUUCCAAGAAGAUGAAUGUAUCGUUCAGAUCAAUGACACCUCCCUCCUGGACAAAACCUUCGCUCAAUCUCAGGAAGUGUUUCGUCAAGCCAUGUCUGCUCCUGUGAUCCGCUGUGAAGUCCUCCCUGCAGCCAACAAACCACGCUAUGAAAAAAGCUUAAUCGGAAACAUUUUCAACUCGGACAGCAAAGACUCCUCCACAAAAGCAAGUCCUGUCGUAGUCCGGUCUAGAGCAGGAUCCCAACCACUAGACCCAAAUCCUAGACCCAAGAUAGACCUAAGGAAACCAGAGACCAAGACCCCAGAACCUCCUAUGAUCCCACCCCAGGAAAUAAAGAUACAGUCUGGGUAUGGAUCUUCCAAUAGACAGUCCCCUGUUCCUCCAGGUGGCAGCGCUAUUCCAUCUCCAACUCCCAGAGUGCAAAGUACAAAUCCAGUGACAUCAACACUGGCAAAUCUGACCAAUAAGAAGGGAGGGAAGAAAAUCAAAAUUGACUUAAAAAAAGGUCCAGAGGGCUUAGGCUUCACUGUGGUCACCCGGGACUCCACGGGUCAAGGUGUUGAUCCUAUCCUGGUCAAGAAAAUCCUUCAGAGAGGAGCAGCGGUUAAAGAUGGCCGCCUGCAGCCCGGGGACCGCAUCCUUGAGGUGAAUGGUGUGGACAUGACGGGUCGCAGUCAGGAGGAGCUGGUGGCGAUGCUGCGUUCCACUAAACAGGGAGAGAGUGUGUUUUUGCUAGUGGCUCGAGAAGACAUGUUUCUGCCGCGAGAACUGAAGGGAGAGGAGGCGAGCGCUGUGGUUUUGGAAGAUGGCCGGAAGCAGUUGAUGUUCGAGGUGCCUCUGAACGAGUCGGGAUCGGCCGGACUCGGAGUCAGUCUGAAGGGAAACAAGUCCAGAGAGACCGGAGAGGAUCUGGGAAUAUUCAUCAAGUCUAUAAUACAUGGAGGGGCUGCAUACAAGGACGGCAGACUGUGUGUGAAUGAUCAGCUGAUCGAGGUGAACGGGGAGACCCUGGUUGGACGUUCGAAUCACGCAGCCAUGGAAACGCUGAGGAGGUCUAUGUCCUCAGAGGGAAACGCCAGAGGAACUAUUCAAGUAGUGGUGCUCAGAUCGGCCAAACAGAUUGCAAACACCAACCGUGCUGCAAGUCCCAGCCUGCCUGUGUCCUCCUCCAAUCAGUCUUCUCCUCUUCCUAUCUCCACCAAUCAGAACUCCCUGGAUUAUGAUGUACCGCCCAGACAACCCAGACCCACUCAUUUAGAAACUAGCAAUGCAGCCAAACCUAACCACUUCAAUGCUACCAAUGGGAAUAACUACAGUAGCUACAGCAACAGUCACCUUGACGACCUGGAUGAAAGCUUCCCUCCGCCCCCCUCCCCCGGAGCAGUGGCGGAGAUGAACCGUGAGCUACCCCUAACCCCCCCUCACUACAGUGAGUUAACAAAGCCUCCAUUCUACAGUGGAGGAAAUCUGAGAGACAACUACAGAGCCUCCAAGAGCAUGGACCUGGUGGCCGAUGAGAGCAACAUCAGAUCACUCGCUAGACCUCACAAUGAUCGUGCAGAAGGGGGCGCUGUCGGUCCCACCCUUGGUCUGGUUAAGUCUAGUUCUUUGGAGAGUCUGCAGAGUGCGAUGGAGGAGGUCAGACAAAACUCUGGAUUAAGACAGGUGCCCUUCCAUAAACCUCGCCCACACAUGGUCAGAGGAAGAGGCAGCAACAUGAGCUUCAGGCAGGCCAUAGACAAGUCUUACGAAGGGCCCUCUGAAGAUGAUGAUGAUUUUUCGGAGCACAGUUCUGGACACGAGACUGCGGUCAGCACCUCGUCCCGAAACGAUUUAGAUAUCGACAGCAAAAAGAAAAAGAAAACAAAAGGCAAAAAGAAGGAAAAGAAAACCAAGACCAAGAAGGAGCCUGUGGAAGACCCGGACCGGAAAAAGAAGAAGGGAUUCGGACUGCUCAGUGGGCAGAAGAGGGAGUACCAAGCGACUAGAGCAGUCCCAGGAUACGAUGAAUUGGAUGCAGCCCGACGCAGAGUGCUGGAAUAUGAUCCAAAUCGGAUGGCACCAAGAUCCAAUGAGAUCCGCCCUUCUCACCACUACGAGGAGAUAGACGGACAGUUUAUGGCACAGCUCAGGAGGGACCCAUAUGACUAUCCAAGACCCAUCUCCAACGACCCAGGCUACUACGACCCAAAUGUAACCAGGGAACGCCUACCUCUGCCCCAAUCCUCCCACCAACCGGGCCCCUCCUCCAACCAGCGUUAUCCUUCCUCCCCACACCAGAACCGCAUUGACCAGAGGGGGCGCCAGCAGCAAUACGAGCCUGCUAAGAGAGACGGCUACAGACAAGCUAGCCCGGGACGCUACAUUGAUGAUCGCUAUGAAUACGCAGACAGGAGGCAGCCAGAUCCACGGAGAAAGAAUCCAGUUAUAGGCGCAGUCUGAAGGUAGAAUAUUUAAAGCACAGUCAGGGACAUUUAGGGUGAGUUGGAGAAAUAUAAUAGAGUUUAUCAAUACACAUGUGACACUGAAUUAAACUCUUAGAAAAAUGACAAACCGAGCUAGAUGUUGUAUUUUAAAUUUGUUCCUAAUUAUCUAGACACAAGACUACAUUUUGGACUUUGGGGUGUGUUGGGAUCAGAAGUAAACCUGAACAAGACCAGAACUAAACCAGGACUAGACCAGGACUAAAUCUGUACUAGACCAGAACUAGACCAAGACUAAACCUGUACUAAGCCUGUACUAGACCAUAACUAAACCAGUGCUAGACUAGGACUAAACCAGGACUAAAUCUGUACUAGACCAGGACUAAACCAGUGCUGGAUUAGAACUAAACCAGUGCUAGUCCGGGACUACCUGUACUAGAUCAGGACUAAGCCUGUAUUAGACCAGAACUAAAUCAGUGCUAGACCAGAUCUAAGCCUGCAUUAAACCAAGACUAAACCUGUACUAGACCAGAAGUAAACCAGAGCUAUCCCAGGACUAAGCCUGAACUAGACCAGAACUAAACCAGGGCUAGACCAGGGCUAAACCUGUACUAGACAAGGACUAAAAAUCAAAUCUGGACUAAAUCUGGACUAAAUUAGGACUAAAUUAGGAUUAAACCUGCACUAGACUAGGACUAGACCAGAACUCAACCUGGACUAGAAAAGGACUAGAACAGGAUCAAACGAGGCCAUGGUCCAGAUGUGAAUGAAAUCUAAAAGACACUGAAAAUGGAACAAAAACAGAUCGAUGUUACAAUUUUUCAAAGCAUCUUUUCCCUAAAACAGUACUUUUUCUGAACUAUAAACUUUACCAUUUCAGUAAGACCAGUUGGAAGAAAUUCAAUUCAAAUGACAUUGCAUAGCUAAAGGUCCACUAUGUAACUUUUCUGGUGAGGGGUCCAGUGGCUGGAAAUUGAAUUGUUUUUCCUGGGAUGUUCCACACUAUGACCCCUCUCACUGUAGGAAUGUAUGUUCACCAAGGUAUUUUUUUGCAAUAACAGCUUGACAUAAAUUUAACGCCAUACGGUGGAAUAUUCCAGUCAAAGCAAUACAUUCCUAAUUCCCUACAGUAUAAAAAUUACACAGUGCAUCUUUAAAAGUUUCUCCAAAUUUUCCGUAAACUGCCAGUUUCAAAAGCCUAUAAUACUGUUAUUCCAAUGCAUUGUAAAUAACUAUAAGAGAAUAGAGACUGUUAUUCCCCAAUCUGAGAGCAGAAUUACAAACACUCAUACACGUCAUGCAGUACUACAUGUAAUACUAUUGAUUUUUUAAUUCUUUAAAUGUGUUCAUUUGAAGUUAAGUAUAAACCCAACAUUUAUGUUAACAGCACAUUUAAGUGCUAAAAAGCCUGGGAAAACAGAUGAGUGUAGAGACCCAUGGAGGAACUGAUCAGAGUGAAAUAUUUCAUUUUAUUAUUAUUAUAUAUUACAGCGAUGCAGGAUUUGAUCAGUGUUAUCCUCAAAAUAAACCUCUCUCUCAUUGUGAACUCUAUUUAACUUAAAUGAAGGCAAACUAAGGUUUCAACUGACAGACAACAUUUUUAACAGUUUCCGAUUAGUAAAAUAAUAUAAUCAAGCUAACGACUAGCAUGCAAAUUUGGUACGACUCAAAUUGGGGAAUGAUAGGGACUUUUGUCGUUAGAUUGAAGUUAAUAUAUUUUUUACAUUGAGCACUGAUAAUGUACAUAUCUUUACAAUUUAUUAAUUUAACAUAGAUUAUCAAAAUAGAUAAUUUAGUGGAAGCCAUAUUUUGUACUGUAAAGUCAAAUCCGGGUUGGAAGGCCUUGCUGAGUUUGCAGAGAGGAAGCAGACACGUUCCUGUCACAACAUACAACCAGGAAGUAGACACAGGAAGUAGAAGAUGACAAACAGGAAGCAGGAAGUAGUAUGCCCAACUUCAAAGCCUCCAUUUGUCCUUGAUGUUAAAUCCCUCCUGUGUGUUUUUGACAUUUUUAUUACGUAUAAAUUGAUAAUAUAUUUGUCAACGCUUUUUGUGUGGUGUUUGAAUAAAACCUGUAUAUUGUAUAAACUAUGAAACUUAUACUGCUACUGUAGCCAAUGUGUUCUUGGGGUUCGGAUUUGCCAUGUGUCUGUUGCAUGUUUUUUACACAUUUUUUGCAUUAAAUAU